AUCUUUACAGCAUAGAAAUCUGAAUAAAAACGUGAUUUUUGCACAGCAUUUAGCAGAAGAAUUUAUUCAAGUAAUACCGCGUGAUAAAGUUCAAGAUGGAAAAUAAAAUAAAUCUGAAAUCCAAGUUUGAUCAAAACACAAGUUUUGUUUGCGUAGAAUACCCUGGAAAAGUACAGAGCGUACAAAACAUGCUACAAACACUUGGUGGAUUGGAUAACGUUACAAAGGUUUAUAGAGACUCCACUCAAAGGUUGGAUUUAAGAUACAGACCAGGAGACCCCAGUUGUAAGCCUGUGUGUGCAGACUAUGUUAAAACUACGGCAGUGUUGAUGAAAGUUUUAAAAUAUCGCAAGAAGAAAACAGAAGGUGACAACAGUAAACCAGAUUUCAGAUAUCGACAAUCAAUAUGUGGGAUUGUAAAAGGAGCUUACAGAUUCAAAACUCUCUGCGAUUUCCAGUUUAUGUCGUUGAAACGCAGCAAAGUGGUCAACAGCAAUAUGAUAAACCUCGUGCCUUCACUUUGUUGUCUUCAAGUUGAUUUUGAAGAUAAAUUCUUCAAACAGGAGGCCUCGUUAUUCCUCCCACCCCCUACUUUUAGUAGAAUAGACAUGGUGCAGGAAUACAACUGGAGGAAAGAAACAACGUCUCUUGCUAAUAAACGAGGUAAUUCUGUCAUCGGUGUUUCACGUAAAAGUCGACCACACGAUGGCAUCUGCAUUAAAUUUAACGACGAUGUCCCGUCAACUUACCUACCACGAGCGUUCGAUGCUUAUAAGAAAUAUUUCGGUGACGAUAAAGAAGGUUACAGAUCGAAGCUAAUACAGUUGUUCAGUGAUCGCCCUGUUUGGUCCAAAAACGCAAUUCUCGCCAAAAUGAAUUUGAAUUUCGUCUCUUUGAAAGUUUUGUUGCCGACUGUCGCUUACUAUUACAUCACUGGUCCAUGGAGAUCGCUAUGGGUGAGAUAUGGUUUUGACCCGCGUGAAGCUCCAGAAGCGAAAGUUUAUCAACUGCUGGAUUUCAGGCUAAGACAAGGUAUGAACACCCCGUUUAUCCCCGUCAAAGCGAAACGAAGCACUUUUCAUUACAAACUUCCUAACAUGUCAUUGAAAUGGAGGGGAAGUGGUGGAGGGGUGAAAACUUUAUUCAAUAGUGAUGGAGAAACAUCAAAAGAUUCUUCAUUCAGUGAACUCAAACCAAAUGAUUCCGUUUACAUUUACGAGCCAGGAGUUUUACCCGCGUACAGACAAAUGUUUUAUCAAGCUUGCGAUAUCAAAUUACCGGAAGUUGAACAAUUGAUAUCUCGGCAACCACCAGGGGAGCUAAAGUGCACCGAGAAAGAUGGUUGGUUUGUGCCUGGCACGGCACAUGAGGUCCGUAACUCUCUCUCUAAAGAUAUUUUCAAAACAAUCUCCACUAUGAAGUACGGGAGCGAGGGAGGGGACGCAGAUAUCGACAUCAUGUUUGCGCGUAAAUCAAAGACACGGGCAUCUGGUAGAAACCGGAUGAUGUUUCGAAGCAAUAUUGAUGCAGAUGUUUCCUCUGAAGCUGUUUCAGGUGACACGAGAACAGAAGAAGAAGAAGAAACAUGGAGCAGAUCUUCAUCAACAGAAGAUGAAGAGGAGGAAGAAGAUGUUGUGGAUGAAGAUGAUUUAUUCGAGGAGCAACAAAGUCCGGAGGAGAUGAUCAUUGAAACUGCAUCUUUGCUUGCCGACAUCUCAAGAUCUAGUGAUGUUUGAUGAUUGUCGCUACUCCAAGGAUGUUGCUCGCCGAAGUGGGAUCAGCGGGCUCAGAUGGUGCCGCACUACUUUGCAGCGAAGAUACUUUGGUUUUAAGUUUCUGAUGGAGUUGGAUCAAAACUUCAGCAGCCUGUGAUACAACAUGAAUGGUCAACUAAAUACAAUGUAGUGGUUUGUAAACUACAUGGUAGGAUGGGGUAAGAUGGGACAUGUUUUAUUUUAUUUUUCAUCCCAUUUGGUAGUAAACAAACAAUAUUUAAUUAUAUACCUAUAUCUUUACAACUCUAAAAGACCGUUGUUAAGUGUUUCAAUUUUUUUUUGUUGCAUUAUUAAAGAGAUAUGAAACAACAA